UCCGUUUACAGAUUGGAGUGCUUUGGAUACCUUCUUCUUCUUCGUCGUCGUCGUCAUCAUCAUCAUUAUCAACAUUGUCUUCUUCAUAGAUAGGAUAAAGUUACCACUUGCUUUUUGAGUAGUCGAAAAUCAAUGGAAUGGAUCCGUCGAAAUAAGUAAGGGGGUGUUCCCUUCAUCAGCAUGCGGCGGAGAUUAUUGCUCCAUGGAUGGGAAGGCUAACCUUCCGACCAACUCCGCCACUGGAACCGCAGCAGCCACCACCACCACUUCCACCUCCACCUCCACCGCUACCUCCUCUUCAUUUUCCUCUUCUUCCAACUCUCCUACUGACUUCCUCCGCCAUGUUCAAGCUGCCUUGAAGCGCCACCGCCCUCUCGGUUCAAUGCAGUCCAAUUGCAUAAGGCCGAAGCGCUCAGUGCUUCCGCAACAAAACUUGUCUGGAACUGCAACUGCUGCUGAGGAUGUGAACAAGCCUUUAGAUGUGUCGUCGAAGCAAUUGCUUCCGCGCAGAAUAAAGAAAGCAACUGCUGCAGCUGAAGGUCAAAACAGCGCCUCUAUUACGCCUCCUUUGAUUUCAGGGCCUUGCAACGAUACCUAUGAUGGCGAAGGUUGUAACUCGUUCAAUGCACAUGUGCAACAACAUCAGGGGAAGGGUGUUAACACUGCUGGUGUGGCUUCCCUGCUUGCAGGAUCUUCAAAUGUGGAUGGUCUGAAGAAAGUUCAGUUUUCGAUUGACACCAACACUAGCGUGCAGGGGGCCCAUGUUGCAAAGGGCACUGAGUUGGAGAACUUGUCAUCUUAUAUGAGUUCACUUGGAUUGACAGAAAUGGAUUGGGUUGAAAGCAGCCAACAUGAUCCACCAGUUGGAUUCAAGCAAGAUUCGAAUCACCAAAGGGUAGAAUGUGACAUGAAUUUGAGAUCCGAGGGAGGAAUAAGUUCUAUGUUGCCUAAGAGAACUACUGUUUCUCAGGACAAUCUCCAGCAAUUCAGAAACUUUUUAAGUCAGCCAGCAACUCAAUCUUCAGUUGUGGGACCUUCUUGUGCUACAACUACCUCAGUCCAUUCAACUUCUGCUCCCAUGCUCAAUUCAACAACUCGUUAUUCUCAUUUGCUUGUAGAUAGUGGUUCAUGUGGAACAGCGGAACCUAUGGGGGAGAUUAAUGUUAAUCCUAAAUCUAUAGCUGAAGGGGUUAUUGAACCUCCAAAUACUUCCCUGAAGGACAUUAACAGAAUGUCAAUUGAUAAGGCAGCAACAGCUGCCCAAGCUCCCCGUUCUGCUGAUGCAGAGUUGGGACUUCAGGAGCACAACCAAUCUAAGGAGCAACAGGGAGGCAAGGUAAAAGAAAAUAACAUUUCAAAAUAUUCGUCAUGUCUUGACAAUAAGUCAACUAUAUCAAAAGAGCCUGCAGAGAUUUCCAAUCCACAAACCCAGGCUCCAGGUCCCCAAACUUCAUGUUCAGAUGUGAAGUCAGAGUCUUCUAACUUAGAAAAACGAGAGAAGGGUGCAAGUAGUAAAGUUCCAACAUCUCGGAAAAGGACCUAUGACCCUGAUUUGUUUUUUAAAGUCAAUGGCAAGCUUUAUCAAAGGCUUGGCAAGAUAGGCAGUGGAGGAAGCAGCGAGGUACAUAAGGUGAUCUCUUCAGACUGUAAGAUCUAUGCGCUUAAGAAGAUCAAGCUCAAGGGUCGGGAUUAUGCUACAGCAUAUGGGUUUUGUCAAGAGAUUGAGUAUUUAAAUAGGCUGAAAGGAAAGGAUAACAUUAUACAGCUUAUAGACUAUGAGGUGACCGACAAAGCUUUGCUAGCAGAAGUCAUGAAAGGAUGCUUAAGUAAUAAGGAUGGGCGAGUCAAGGAUGAUGGAUAUAUAUACAUGGUACUUGAAUAUGGGGAAAUUGAUUUGGCUCACAUGUUGUCCCAGAAGUGGAAGGAACUGGAUGGAUGCAACCAGACCAUUGAUGAGAACUGGCUGCGAUUUUAUUGGCAGCAAAUUCUUCAGGCUGUCAACACCAUUCAUGAGGAGCGUAUUGUGCACUCUGAUUUGAAGCCAGCCAACUUCCUCCUUGUCAAGGGUUCCCUGAAACUAAUUGAUUUUGGCAUAGCCAAAGCAAUAAUGAGUGAUACAACUAACAUCCAACGGGAGUCACAGGUGGGAACUCUUAGUUACAUGUCUCCAGAGGCAUUUAUGUGUAAUGAGACCGAUGCAAAUGGAAACGUAAUUAAGUGUGGACGGCCGUCAGAUAUCUGGUCCUUGGGCUGCAUCCUUUAUCAAAUGGUAUAUGGGAGAACACCUUUUUCUGAAUACAAGACAUUUUGGGCAAAAUUCAAAGUCAUAACUGAUCCAAACCAUGAAAUUACCUAUGAACCUGUCCCAAACCCAUGGCUUAUGGAUCUUAUGAAGAAAUGCCUUGCAUGGGAUCGCAAUGAAAGGUGGAGAAUCCCUCAGCUACUCCAACAUCCUUUUCUUGUUCCUCCUGUACCAAGUAUUCCAUCUUUGUCCCAAGACCAAGGCUGUAACUUGCUUCAGCUUAUUGCUGAAACUUGUAAAUAUGACCCUGUAACAUCCCAACUAUGCUGUCAGCUCCAACAGGUCCUUGAUGAUCCCGCAAAUUUGGUAACUCCUCAGUCAUUAAAUUCGCGAGAUCAACAAGGAAAACUGCUAUCCAGAGCAUCAGAAUUGUGUAUUCAGCUGCAGGCACGUUUGGCAAAUUCGGAUAACAAGUAGAUAAUCAAGAAAGGUAG